AUGACUGAUCCUGCUGUUGAUGCAAACGAGUAUUUACUAGAAUAUCUAGCAAGUAUUGAUAAUCUUUCACCAGAAAUUCAGCAUAUAUUUCAUGAAAUAGAAAAUAAAGACAAAGAAGUAGAAGAUAUCCGGAGGAGGAUGAAGAUUCUACAAAAGAAAUUAUGGAAUAUGAUGGACAGCUUGUCAUCGGAUGAAGACAGCGAGGAUGACGAUGACGAUGACUCGCGAUAUCCAAGUAAAAAAAGAAUGUUGGAUGGCGCGAGCGAGGAUAAAAAAUACACAGAGAGUGAACUCAAACAAAUUAUUCGUGAAGGUUAUGACAGGGCGAUUCUUCUAUCGGAAGAAAAAGUCGAUUUAGUUGGAAAGGCACUCAAUCUGGUUCGACGACAUCUUAAACGUAUGGACGAUGAUUUUGUAGCACUGUUUCCGAAUCAUACACUUCCUAAUUAUACACCUACCACAAUACAUGGAAAUAACAAUGGAGGGUCAGUGUUAAUCAACAGCAACUCUUUAUCCAUCCAUAACCAACCAAAUUUCGAUUUUGAGUCUCUUGCUCGCCGCUCACCGAGUUUUGAAUCCGAGGAUGCACAAUUUUCAUUACCUUUAUUGCCGAAUCCUCAAAAUGGUGGUGGCUUAUCAUCCAAUCAAUUAGCUAGUAUAAGAGGACCAGGUCGUAAAUCAGGGUUGAAUAAUGCUGGGGGUGGUAGGAAAAGAGGAUCAAGAAGUAGAACUCCAAUUAAUAAUCCAAAUGCAAAUAACAACGGUAAUAAUACUAUAGGAGGACGUGGAAUCAAAUUUCGCAUUACAUCGGAGGAUUAUCAAUUUAAUGAUUUUGGCGGAUCUGAAGACAUGACAUUCACCGAAGAAGUUUUAGCGACCUCGAGUUUUACGGCUAUGGCUAUUUCGGAGCCUACUUAUUGUUAUUGUCGUCAAGUCAGUUUUGGCGAGAUGAUUGGGUGUGAUGGGGAGGAUUGCCCAUAUGAGUGGUUCCAUAUCGGUUGUGUGGGAUUAGAGAAAGUGCCGAAAGGAAAAUGGUUUUGCAAUACUUGUGCUCCAAUGAAGCAAACCUUGCCCAGCCAACCGAUGAAAAAACGAAAACGUGGACGACCUGUUGGAUCUACCAAAUCAAAUAUGACAUCAACGGAAGAAUUUCAACACGAGCUGAGUGGACUGAGUAGCUUUGUUAAUCUUGAUGCUGCUGGUACGUCAUCAGUCCAGACUACUGAAGUUUUGCCUGGUGGUGGUGGCUCUAACUCACCAUCAUCAGAUUCUGAAUCAGAUUCUGAAUCGUCGUCGGGUGCAAAUUCACCGGGUAAUCCUGUCGUCCCCGGUGAUCCUACCUUUGUAUGA